CGUGAUUGGAAUAUCUAAUUCCGAUGGUUGUUUUUAUCAAAUUGAUUUACGUAAUAGUAAUCAAAUAAUCGAUGAGUAUAAUAAAGGAUCAAUUAUGUCCAAUUAUUAUAACGACACAUUACAAAAAGAUUUACUUUUCUUUGAAAAUGGUGACUUAGUAAUUGAUUCUUUUUCAAUUAGUACCUUUAAAAGAAAUUAUAAGUAUAACGCUCAAUUGAUUGAUUAUAAUGGUAAUCAUUGGAUAAUUGCCGGGAAUCAAUCAAAAAUCGACGUCUGGAAUUAUCAAGAAGGUUACGUCGACUCGCUAGCAAACAAUUUGGUAGACGUAGUAAGUGAAGUAAAGUUUAAUAAGUAUGGUAACCAAAUAAUUGGAACCUCUAGUGAUAAAGUAGUUAUUUGGCAAAAUGUAUUUUAAUAUAUAAAUUUCAAUGCGCAAUUUUCAACAACAACUCCAACAACGUCAACACACCUUCUUAAUGGAUCCUACUAGUAUAGUAUUGGCCAAGGUCAAAGGGUAUCCGGCAUGGCCUGCCAUGGUGCUUGAUGAAGGUAUCUUACCCGAAAAUGUUUUGAAAAGUAAAACCAAGUCCAAGAAUAUUGCGGUUAGAUUUUUCAGUGAUGAUACUUAUAUUUGGAUAAAACUUGGUGAUUUGAAGCCGCUUAGCAAAGAACAAAUCGACGAGUCCUUGAGCAAGAUGGUGGCCAAGGGAAUCAAAACCAAAAAGGAAGGUUUAUUAAAGGAAGCCUAUGAGUUAUGUCAGAAUCCUCCGGAUAUGGCAGAAUUUGUUCGAUGGGGGUCCAAGGGCCCCCCAGAAUAUAUCGAAGAGGAGCCUGAACCAGAAGAGUUUGAGAUGGAGCCAGAAGAGGAAGACGAGGUUGAAGAGCCACCCAAGAAAAGAAAGAAACCGGGGCCUAAACCCAAGGGCAAACCGGGCCCCAAGCCCAAGGGCAAACCAGGCCCCAAACCCAAGGUCAAACCAGGCCCCAAGGGCAAACCAGGCCCCAAGCCCAAGGCAAAACCAGCACCCCCCAAAGAGGUGGAGUUUGAUGACGAUUGGGGGCUUGAAGAUAUCAAUGAAUACAACUACGAAGAAGGAAAUUACAUUUUCCAGGAUGAAAAGAAACAAAUCGAGUUCAGUAGCCAUUUUCCUAGUGCUAGCGAAAUCAGCGAGUCUUUGAAUAAAUACCAGGACCAUUUCGAACCAAUCAACGAUACCUUGGUUGACUUAUUGAUGCAAGAAACAAUCAACGAAUCCCUCAUCAACAAACAACUCGAUAAGUUAAGCGGGAUACUAACCGCCGACUUCCCCAAAUCAAUCUUCAUCAAAAGCGCUCUAUACAAAGUAAUGUUGGUUACUCUACAUAAACCCCAGGAGCUUUUCGCUAAUACCAAUCUCAGAAACAAGAUAUCUGGUAUUCUUCAAGACUACCUUGAUCUUCUGGUGGCAUCCAUCACCAAGGAGCAGUUAGAGCCCGAAUCCAACCUGCCGGACCCCAACCUGCCUGCCCACCAGCAAGAUCAACUAACCGUAUCCAACGGGACUCCCAUCCAAGUAUAGCUAUAGAUAAAUACACUGUAAAUGUUAUCAAUAAAAAUACCAAAUGCGCCCAUUUGCAGGUUGCGCCCGCACGCUUUGCAGGUUGGCCCGGGGAAUACCCAGUGGGGGCCAUCCGAGCGAAUAGUUUGCAGGUUGCACCCGCAAAAACCGGCGCCAACCAGUAAAACCCUCCCGGCCAACCAGCAAAGCCGGCCAACAUGCAAAAAAUGCCACCCACCAAAUUCCCAAAAAGUUUUUCCUUAUUUCCAAAAAAUUCUCUUUUGUUUUAUUAAAUUUUCAGUUUUAGUACACUUUUUUUUUAGAUUGAAAACAAGUUUUAGUCCCCAUUCCACUGAAUCUUUAUCAUAAAGAGUAUAAUUCGAUUACAAU